AUGCCGCGAAUGCAGUGUGAAAAUUUCAAUCACAAUAGACAAGAAGGAAUCGUACCGAUUCGAGAAAACAAUGGCCGGAUGCAUGACUCGAUACAAAGCUACUCGAGCUCUCAUGAGAGUGGCACUCACGAGGUAGAUGUAGUAGAUGCCAUGGAGGUUGAGGUUGACUACGAGAUGCCAAACAACCCGACAGGACUCUACCAGUUGAGCUCAAUGUUGUGCUUCUACAACCCUGGCACCGAAAUUACACCAGCCGUGGACUCCACAGAAGGGCAGUCUUACUCUGCAAGGGCUAUGGGCGAUAUAGGAUCUUCGGGCAGUACGCAAGGUCAAAAUGGCAGCAUAAACACUGACGGCGGUGUCGAGCAUAGUUUUUCCAAAGGGUGGAGAUUGGUCAUCAUCGGGGUCGUAUCUCUUGCCUUUAUAGGCGCGUUUGUUGGUAUCACUCUCGGAGGUUCGAAUUUGGGGAGCAAAGAAGGUAGAUAA